AGCCAAACCUGGUCAUCUUUUUGGAGCAAGAGAAGGAGCUCUGGGGUAUGAAGAGAAAGAAGAGAGUAGCCACCCGCCCAGGUCUUGCUGUCUGUAGUCUGGAUCUGGUCAUCUUCUCUGGAAAAGUAAAGAGCCCCAGCACAUGAGGAGAAAGGAGACAGUAGCCACACACUCAGGUCUUAUUGUGUGGAAGCCAGACCUGGUCAUCUUUUUGGAGCAAGAGAAGCAACUCUGGGAUGUGAGGAGAAAGGAGACAGUAGCCUUCCAUCCAGCUGUAUCUUCACAUGGCACCCAGAGUUUCCUGCCAAAGCUGUGCAUAGAAGCUUCUUUCCAAAACGUGGCAGUGGGUAGAUAUAAACAUAGUGCCCUUGAGGAUUUACCCUUAAUGAUAGACUGGAAAAAUGAUGGGGAGAGUAAAGGGCAUCAAAGAUAUCAUGAAGGACAUAUCCAAACUGAGACAACUGUCCGUAAUAUGAAUCUGACUACCCAAAAUGGUGAAGGAUAUAAAACACCUUGGAAAACAUCCCUUCUUAAUCCUGCUUCUUCUGCAAAGCAGUGUCUUUCUGUAAGCAAGGGCUCAGAUCAAGUGGUCAAACAUACAUAUCUGGAGAAUGAAAAUUUGGAAAAUCUGGAAAGUUACCUAGUCCCUGCUAAAAGUAAUUAUUUGAACCAUUUUGAAAGUAGGAUUGGAUUGACCCUUGAGUCAAAUAUUUCUGAAAAUCAGAAAUUUAAAACCGAAGAACACACUACUGUGUGGGAUCCGUUUGAAAGGUCCUUCACCGAGCAGCUGACUCUCCAGAAUUACCAGAACAUAUUCGAUGAAAAUGGAAUUGUUCAAUACAGUGAAUCUGAGAGAAAAUUUAACCUGGGUUCAAAUAUUAAUAUAUGUCUGAGGACUCAUUUUCCAGAGAAUCGUUAUAACUUUGAUAAAUUUGAGGAAGUCCUUUUUCAAAGCUCCAACCUUAUUGUAUAUAAGAGUAUGCCUAUGGGACAGAAUCCUUAUAAAUACCAUGAAUUUGGGAAAUCUGUUAACCAGUCCUCCAGUGUUGGUGAUUAUCAGAGAAUUCACAUGGAAAAAAACUCAUACAGAUGUAAUAAACCUGGGGACAUGUUUAGUCAAGCCUCGGGACUAAAUAUACAUAAUACAGUUGGCACUGGGCAGGAAAGUUACAUUUGUGAGGAAUGUGGCAAAGCCUUCGACUGGCACUCAACACUAUCUCAACAUCAGCCAAUGCAUAUUGGAGAGAAACCUUACCAGUGUGGACAAUGUGGCAAGGCCUUUAACCAGAACUCAAUGCUUACUCGACAUCAAAGAAUUCAUACUGGAGAGAAACCUUACCAAUGUGAACAGUGUGGUAAGGCCUUUAACCAGCACUCAAACCUUACUCAGCAUCACAGAAUUCAUACUGGAGAGAAACCUUACAAAUGUAAAGAAUGUGGCCAGGCCUUUAACCAUCACUCAAGCCUUACUCAACAUCACAGAAUUCACAGUGGUGAAAAACCUUACAUAUGUAAAGAAUGUGGCAAAGCCUUUAACCUACACUCAAAUCUUACUCAACAUCACAGAAUUCAUACUGGAGAAAAACCUUACAUAUGUAAAGAAUGUGGAAAGGCCUUUAAUCGGCACUCAUAUCUUGUUCGACAUCACAGAAUUCAUACUGGUGAGAGACCUUUUGUGUGCAAAGAAUGUGGAAAGGCCUUUAACCAACACUCAAAGCUUACUGAACAUCACAGAAUUCAUACUGGAGAGAGACCCUUCGUAUGCAAAGAUUGUGGAAAGGCCUUUAACCGGCACUCACACCUGACUCGGCAUUACAGAAUUCAUACUGGAGAGAGACCUUACAUAUGUAAGGAAUGUGGCCAUGCUUUUAUCCAGCACUCACACCUGCGUCAACAUCACAGAACUCAUACUUGAGGUCAGAAAUCUUACCCAAGUAAAGAAUGUGGGAAGGCCUUUCAUCACUGUUCAACCUUUACUCAUUACGACGGAAUUCACAGUGGAGCCAACAUUACAAAUGUAAAGAACGUGAGAAAACGUUUAAGGACAACUCACCCCUUACUCUACGUCAGAGAAUUCAUAUUGGAGAGGAACCGUGAAAUUGUUAAGAAUGUGGCAAGGUCUUUAAGCAAUAUUAAACUCCGAUUCCUCAUCAGAGAAUGUAUGCUGGAGUGGAUUUUGCAAAUACAAAGAAUUUGGCAUGGUCUUUAAUAAGAAGUCAAGCCUCAUUCAACAUCUCAGAAUUCACACUGAGGAAAAAGUUAUAAAUGUAAAGAACAUGGGCAAACUUUUAAGCUGCUCAACCCUUUUCUGUAUCUCAGAGUUUAUACUGAGGAGAAAGAUUACAAUACAAGGGGUGUGUCAAGCCUCUAGCCGGAAUUCACAGCCUACUCAGUUAUCAUACAGGAUAGAAACUGUGAAAUGCAGACAAAGUUGCAGUGCCUUUAACUGGAAUUCAAUCUAUACUCUGUAUCCCCAAAUGCAUCCUAUCAAACCCUAGAUACAUCAUGACUGAGGAAAGACCUUCAUUUUAAAUAUUAACUGUAGCAACCACCAGAGAGUGCAUACAGGAAAGUAACUUGAAAGAUGUAAAUAUUUAGAAAUGUGUGUAAGUAAACAUCAAAUGUCAAUAAAUAUCACAGAAAUCGA